AUGAGUGACUUCGGAGGCGACGCAAACGACCCCCUCAUCGUGAAAGAGCCCAAGGUCUGGUUCCAGCUUACGGAACCCGACAGCCGCACUCCGUUUAAUGACACCACUGCUGCGUCCGUCUUGUUGGUCGAGGAGAACACAGUGGAAGAUCUACGGGAUGCUAUAAGAAAGAAAUACCAGGACAACCUCCUCGUCGGCAUCGCCGCGUCCGCCCUCAAAGUGUACAGCGACGACAGUCCCGAGCCUUUGAGAAGGUCGGCGCAGAUUAAGUCGCGUGGUCAAACGCUGAAGAAGGCGCUCGUCGUGGCUUCAGAGUGGAAGUGGAAAGAGGAGGAGGAACGAGUCUAUGCCGUGAAGAACUGCUGCCUGUUUUACGUGGAGCGUGAGCAUGCCACGCAACAGCUUCAGAAAUUUCACAAGAAUAACUACUCCCUGGCCGCGCUGGGGCAUGAUCAAGACUGGGUCAUCCCUCUCGUGGAUAACGUGUGGGGCUUCGGGAAAUCACGGUUUGGCUCCGAGUACAUUCGGAGCUGUCAAAAAACCAGGGAGGCUGACCCCGACAAAGCAAAGGAUGCUUGCCUAGAUACUUUGCGCAAGUGCCACACGAUCAAUAUCGAGUUGUUUUGGAAAGACCUGGUGGUUGGUAAAGAGUUGAGGAUUGACGGUGGUAAAGCUCGCAAGGCCUUCGUGGACCGCAUCUGCUGGGAAUUUGAGGACAUGUACGACAGAUUAUCUCGUGCUCUCACUCCCCUGGCGCAGCAAGACUAUUCGAGCCACGUGUUUGUUCUAAGCCGUUUGAUCCAUGAAGAUGGUCCUCUGUUCAUCGUGCUUGAUCAGAUCAAUAGGGCCUUCGAUUGCGACGGCCUUGAUGACGAUAUGAAGCGAGUGCAAUUCCUGGAGUUCUGUGACCAGACGGCGGCAGCCGCGCACUCGAGUCGUCAUCGACUUGACGAACGAGUGACGAAGAGGACGAUCAGCCAGUCGGGGCGCGAAGUGUGGCAGCGGCAGUUGGAUGGUGGCGGAGGUGGACGCACUACUCUCUCCCUGGCUGCUGAACCAGCCGACGUGCAAUGGAAUUGGCGUGGUGGUUCGGGAACUAGCUACAAGAUCAUCAAGAGAACGUAUUGGGAUAGGCAGAAAGUGGGGACUAUCCAGGAACACUACGGACUCGACGAAGACAAGGUGAAGGAGCUUCUCGACUAUGAAGCACUCAAUCAGCCGUGGGACGGGCAUGAUUGGCAGGCUUUUGACAAGCGCUUGCUAAAGUUUGGGAGUCCGCUUCGAUCUAUCAUGGAUUGUGUGGUCAAAGGCGAAGAAAUCGACCUAUCAACUCGGUGGGAAGACGAGGAAGGCAAAGUCGUCACGUACGACAUCAUCACGGUCAUGGUUGGUAUCGUGUGGGAAGGGAAAUUGGUGGCGGAAGUUGUCCCUGCUCUCAGUAAAGGUUUGAUAGUCGACCCGAUUGAUCCGUUCGAGCUGCUUUGCAUGAAGCGCUUCAUGGAUUUAUUCCACGAGGAAAAACUUCCGAGCAACGCACUGACCGGUUAUUUUACUGAGACACAGAAGGUUGGGCGCUGCACUGGCGUGAAGUUCGCCAAGAACUCGGGUUACAUGCCGAAGAUAUUGCUGAAAGCGAAGAGAUCACGUUCAUGGUACUCGGUCAUCACGGACGAAUAUGUACUGCGCGAGUUGAUGAAGGAGAUGGACGGCUUUGUGCUCAAGGGUGGCCAAUUGAGUCUCAAGCCGUUGGCGGGUGAAGUCAGCGAAACUACAGUGCGUAUUGAGUGCGAGAAGUUUAGCCGGAUGUGCAUGCAGUUGCCCACGUCCUCGCAACCCCGACUGAACGUCCUCGUCGUGUGUGCGACGGCUUAUAAUGGCGAACUGCGAGCCAAGUUUGACCCGAGCUGCAAAUCCGCCGUGUUUUCAAUUGAAAACCUCCCGGAUAAGGUUCGCGCUGGCAUUGAUGAGGCCAUUGUGCUGGAUCUGUGCACACCCAAAAACCGCGACGAGUUUUUCGGGCCCGCUGAUGAAGUUGAGCUCAAAACGACGCUGGAGGGGGUGGUUGCGAAACUCUCGGUAGGUUUUGUUCAGGUUGGAAACGAAUAG